AUGAUGAACGAGAUAUAUGAGAAAAUUUUUGGCGACAAUCAUGAGUUAUCGGAAGAGGAUAACAACAACGGUGAAGAAGAAUAUGAUGUGACAGUGGAAGAGGAAGGUAACAACAAUGACGAAGAAGAAGAUGAUGUGAUAGAAGAAGGAGAUGAUGUGAUAGAAGAAGAUGACGCAAAUAACAACAGAGAAGAAGAAGCUACUGUGAUCCUAGAUUCUAAUGGUGUAGACGGCGACAAUGAUGAUGAUUUUUCGGGUGAAGAUCUUAUAGCCAAUAUGGCUCCAGUGAAGGGAAUGGAAUAUGAUUCAAAAGAGAGCCUUAUGAUAGCCUAUCAAGAUUAUGCGAAGUUGCAAGGCUUUUCUGUUGCAAUACGUAGCUCGUCGUCUAAGUAUUACGUGCUUGCUUGCUUCAAAGGGCGAAAGCCUAAGGAUGUAAUUACGAAGUUUACCAGACAAACGCAAUGUCCGGCUCGUGUUAAUUGUAUUGUGAAGACUAAUGGUAAAGUGAUUGUGUCGAAUGUUGAGUUGAAUCACAAUCACAGUCUUGAACCGCAAUUGUCAAUGUUUAUGCCGGGUAACCGAGAGUUAAGUUUGCACAUGAAACGCCUGCUGGAAAGUCGAGAUAUUGCAGGCUUUAGGACUUGUAAAAACGUGAGGACUCUAGAAGUUAUGGCCGGAGGUCCUCAAAAUCUAGGUGUCACUGAGCGAGUCUGUAGGAACUUCAUAGAUAAAAGGAGAAGGUUGAGACUUGGAGAGGGGGAUGCCAAAGCUAUACACGGGCUGUUUUUGAGAAUGCAACUGCAAGAUAAAAACUUUUUUCACAUUAUGGAUGUUGACGAUGAAGGACGCCUGCGUAAUGUGAUGUGGGUACAUUCUCGUAGUAUAGCUGCGUACGAAGAUUUCCACGAUGUUGUGAGUUUUGAUACAACUUACCUUGUAAACAAAUACAAGAUGCCGUUGGCGACGGUUGUCGGAGUUAACCAACAUAACCAAUCAAUAUUAUUGGGAUGUGGUUUAUUGAGUCACGAGCAGUCGGAAUCAUUUAAAUGGUUCUUUAGCAACUGGUUAAUGGCCAUGAAAGGUGUUCAACCUACAGCAAUGCUGACAGAUCAAUGUGAGAGUAUAAAGAUUGCCGUGAAGGCAGUUUUUCCAAUGACUAUACAUAGACUUUGUCUAUGGCAUAUUGCCAGCAAAAUUCCACAGAAGUUCAAAGGUGUGGCUGAUUUUCAUAGUUGUUCGUCUGAUUUCUACUCAACAAUAUAUAAUAGUCUCAGUAUUGCGGAAUUCGAGUCAAGGUGGACAGAUUUUCUAUCUAAACACAGUCUUCAUAACAACAGGUGGCUGAAAGAUUUGUUUGAUGAAAAGGAGAAUUGGGCACCCAUCUAUUUGAAUCAUAUUUUUUGGGCUGGCAUGGUAUCGACACAACGAAGUGAAUCUAUGCACGCAUUCUUUGAUGGUUUUGUGAACUCGAAGAGCACGUUGAAACUAUUUGUGGAACAAUACGAGAUCGCUAUGCAAAACAAAAUUCAAAAGGAGAUGAACGCUGAUUACCAGUCCAAGUGCGUGAUGUUGAAACCGGUGUCAACUUUUCAAUGGGAGAAACAAUUGCUCAGUGAAUACACUCAUAACAUCGGCCUCUUGUUGCAAGUGGAAAUCAAGAAAAUUAGCAAUUGUAAUGUGGAAGAUGUCGCAAUUGGUGAAGAUGGUGUGCAUCGUUGCAAGAUAAAGGAGAUGCGAUUAGUGCAAAAUGUUUUUCACAAGGAAUACACUUACACUGUCGAGUAUCGUCCUUUUGGGGAAUAUAUAAGCUGCAACUGCCGUAGGUAUGAAUUUAAAGGCAUAUUUUGCGUCCAUAUCUUCAAAGUCUUGGUGUACAAAGAUAUUAAUCAUGUACACGAUCGUUACAUCAUGAAAAGAUGGCGGGCAAGAGAGUAUAGACCGCAUUCUAGUAUUGUUUUUGCAGGUGGUUAUCCUCACAUGACCGAAGAGUUCAAAGCGUUUCAAGAUAUGGAAAGAAGCUUUGUAAAAUGUGCAGAUGCAGCUAUAACUGACCCACGUGCAAUAAAGAUGGUGAAAGAAACUCACGAAAAGUUAUUGGUGGAUAUAAUGAAUAUUAAUCGUGGUGGGUUAAUUUCGAAUCCAAGUCCCAAUGGUGAGAGUGCACGCAUUUCUACUGAUCCGCCUGCUAUACUAGAUCCGCCGUUGAUGUCUGUUUUGAUGUCUGGGAAUUGA